UCUAGCGACACACACCACAACCACCAAAGUAAAUAGUCAAUAUGUAUCCCCUGCCCAAGUUGACACGAUGAUCCUUUGUACCCGCUCCUCCGGAUACCCGUCGUAGUGAUCAAGAUCUAGCCCUUCACAUGGGAACCUGAAUAUGUGGACACCAACCAAGAACCAGAAAUUUGGCGUAGUAAUCUACAAUUUUGAUCAAGAUGAAGUCCCACAAGCCUUGCACCUUGAUGUUGGGGAGACCGUACAAGUUUUGGAGGAAUGCCGUGGUUGGUAUAGGGGCUUUUCCACACGUAGCAGGAAUGUAAAGGGUAUAUUUCCUGCACAGUUCAUCCAUCUCAAGCCAUUCAAAAUUGAUAAUGAAGGGUUAUAUGAAACGGUAGCACCUGUAGAGGAUCCAGUAGUACAAGAAGCUGCAUCAGUGCUGAGAGAAUGGGGUCAAAUAUGGAAGAAUUUGUAUGUGCUACUUGGAACAACCCAUGGCGACCAGGAACUGUGGGAUGCAGUUCGAAAGGCUAUGAUGGAUGUGGCAGACUGGCGGAAGCAGCUGAUUACUGGCACCUUGACCUCCGAUCAAAUUGCACAGCUCAAACUCAAGAUUACACGCAAAAUUGACUGGGGAAAUAGGAAACUAGGGUUGGACCUAGUACCUCGUGUGGAUGGUGAAAUGGUAGAUCCAGAUGCUGUCAGUGUAGUAGAGCUUCAUCAAGUGCAUGUCCAGAGUGCAGAAGCUUCACAGUCACAUUCACAGGGUCUUGGGACGUUGGCAAAGAGAAAAGAGAGAAGAAAAAUACUGAGUCAUCACUUGUUCUUCUGCAUGCGAGAUUUUUCGUAUCACUUAGGGGAGGAUGCGGAGAUAUUCUUCUCCUUGUAUGAUGCACAAAAGGGAAAGUUUAUCAGUGAAAGAUUUCUAGUCAAAUUAUCUAAAGAAGGAUUUUCAAAUUAUGUUGAAAAAAUCCACAGCAACUGCACAAUAUUCACAGAUCUUGGAAGUGGAGAUUUGGCUUCAGACCUGUAUAUUGUUGCCCAUGUUGUCAGAGUUGGACGCAUGCUAUUUUCGGAAUCGGUCAAGAAGAUGUCAUCACAUAACUAUCGAAGACCAUACGGAGUGGCUCUCUUCAGAUUAGCUCAAUCUGUUCUGCAAGGGAGUGAAGGAGAAGUUGAGCUAACUGGGAAACUUUUCACAUCUGAUGAAAAAGACUUCUGGCAACUACCUGAACUUGUUCUCAAGAAACAAUCUAACAAAUAUUCCAUAAUGUCAAACAAUGCUAGUUAUGAUAGGUUGGAGGCCAGCGGAGUGUUCACGGCUUGGACGAACAAAACCCCACCUGCAACGAACAGUGUGCGCUGCAGGCGGGGUUUUGGACAAGAUCAGAAUUCGUUUGGACUUGCCAGAGAUUUGCUCCCCCGAGGUCUGGUUGUUAGUGUGAAGGUUGUUCAUGGAGAGCUUGAGCAGGCCACCAAAGAAAAUCCCCUGUUGCUCAAGAAUGUUUGUGUCACGAAAAAACUAGGUUUUUCUGAUGUCAUUAUGCCUGGUGAUGUAAGAAAUGACUUGUAUGUGACUCUAAAUAGCGGAGAAUAUGAGAGAGGCGGCAAGUCUGUGGGUAAGAACAUUGAGGUGACGGUGCUAACUCUCGAUGCUGAGGGACAAGCUUUGCAGGCUAUUUACAGUGGUAUGGGUCAUGAAGGAACAUCAGAGUACUCAUCCAUGAUCAUGUACCAUAACAAUUCUCCACGCUGGAAUGAACGUCUCAAAGUUGCUAUUCCCAUUGACCAGUUUGCUGGCGCUCACCUCCGACUAGAGUACAGGCAUUGCUCAACACGUGAGAGGAAUGAGAAGAAAUUAUUUGGCUUCUCAUUUGUACGGUUAAUGGAUGACGAUGGAGGGACAACUUUACGUGAUGGGUCACAUGAGCUGUGUGUGUAUAAAUGUGAUGAACGAGGACGUUUAAACAAUCCAAUGGAGUACCUGAACAUGCCUUUCCUUUCCAAGGAAGCGGUGGAUUGUAUAUACUCUCUGCCAUUCCAACGAUCUCCCAAAGAAAGCAUUAUUAUCGAUACUCUGCUUUGCUCAACAAAGCUUACUCAAAAUAUUGAUCUUUUGUCUCUUCUGCGAUGGCGGUCAGCCCCAGAUGGUAUUGGCGAGACACUAUCCAGGUUAACACGUGUUGAUGGUGCAGAAACAGUCAAGUUCCUACAAGAUGUGUUGGAUGCAUUAUUUGCUAUGUUCUCAACAGAUGAUGGAAAUUCAACACAGCAUUCAGGUCAUGUCUUCCAGGCCCUAGUCUUUAUCUUUAGCCUGUUAGAAGACAGCAAAUUUGAACACUUCAAGCCUGUCAUGGAUGCUUACAUCACAGGUCAUUUUGCUGCUGCAUUGGUUUACAAGGGCCUUAUCAGUUGUGUGAAGCACUUGUCAGACCUCUGUCCUCAAACAGAGAAACAAGAACCCAUCAUGAGGUGCUUCCGCUCCCUUGAAUACAUCUUCAAGUUCAUCAUCCAGUCACGUCUUCUGUUUGCAAGAGCUACAGGAGGGCAGAACGAAGACUCUUUUAGAGUUGAUGUAGAUAGCUUGUUCGAGUCAUUUGCACACAUGCUGAACAUGCAUUUAGAAAAUAUUCAAGCCUCUCAGGUAACAUUAUUAGAGCACCUCCAAGGAGCCUGUGAUCAACUUUGUCGUGUUUUAAGUCCUGGAGAAGUUGCCAAUCACCUGAGCAAUUUGUUUAAUGCCACACCAGUUGAAAGCACAAGAGACCUUACCAGAGCUAAACUACAUGCCAUGAAGAAUUCUGUGAAUUCACCAAUCUUUGAUGAUGAUGAGGGACGAGGGUUACUUUUGGAAACGAUAUGUACUCAUCUGAGGCAACACCUAGAUAGCCGUCUGGAGCUGGUAUUAUGUGGAGAAGUUCUCUCGGAUAUUGUAAUUCUCAUUCACAAACUCACAAAUAAAUAUUCUCAUAACAAGUUACCUGCAACUUUGCACCAGGAUGUCGAAAUGAUAAUGCUGACCCUUUUUGAUGUCGUGGUACAAGUCAUCUUAACACUGGAGAGAUCUGCUCCUAGCUCAGGCACACUCGUAGCAUGUCUAAUGGGCAUCUUGCAACUGAUGGGGGAGUCUCAUUACUCUAAGUUAUGGGAAGCUCACAUGAUCUCAGGAAACCACCACUUGCGUCACCUUCUGCACUCAACGAUAGUCUUACUUGCUGAUCUUGUACGAGCAGCAGUCUUUGCAAGUGACUGGUUUGUCAUGCGAAUGGUUACUAAUUAUACUAUUUUAGCAGCGAUGCAAGAGAUUGCACAACCACUAAUAUCUUCAUUUCUUAAGCAAACAAGAUUUGACAACCAACUCUGGAGCAGCUACUUGAACCUGGCAGUUGGAUUUCUAACUCAACCUUGCUUGCAAUUAGAACGCUUCUCACAACAAAAGAGGCAUAAAGUGCUAGAACGUUAUAAUGACAUGCGAGUUCUAAUGGGAUUUCAGAUUCUGUCUAUGUGGCGUGAACUUGAUGAUCAUCGCUUGCAUUUCAUACCAGGAAUGGUCGGCCCAUUUCUAGAAGUAACUCUUGUGCCUGAACCAGAGCUUCGAAAGGCUACUCUUCCUAUAUUUUUUGAUAUGAUGCAGGCUGAGCAGCAGGCCAAGGGCACUUUUAAACAGGUUGAAACAGAGUUAAUAGAUAAGCUGGACAUCUUGGUCAGUGAAAACAAAGGGGACGAUGAGUAUCGUCAGCUAUUUAAUACCAUGGAACAUUUAAGUGCAGUUUUAUUGGAGAGAGUUCGCUCCAAUGAUCCAGUUUGGAGGGAAAGUGGCACAGCGUUCAUCAAUUCUGUGACGCGCCUCUUGGAAAGACUAUUAGACUAUCGCAAUGUGAUGCAAGGUGAUGAGAACUGUGACAAGAGAAUGAGUUGCACUGUUAACCUUUUGAACUUUUACAAAAAUGAAAUCAACCGGCAGGAAAUGUACAUCCGUUAUAUUUACAAGUUGCAUGAUCUACAUGUGCCAGCAGGGAACUUUACAGAGGCAGCAUUUACUCUUCAACUUCAUGCAAAUCAGCUAGCCUGGACACAGAGGAUGUUACAUGCUGAUCACUUAUAUCCAGCACAGACGGAAACUCAGAGAAAAGAGUUGAUCUACAUGAAAAUAAUUGAUAAUUUUGACAAGGGCAAGUGCUGGGAGCAAGGUAUUCCUCUUCUCGAGGAACUGGCAAAUCAAUAUCGCACACACUUAUUUGAUUAUCAGAAACUAAGUGAGGUGUUAAAAAGACAAGCAACAUUCUACGAGAAGAUCUUAAGUGGUAAACGUUAUGAUAACGAGUAUUUUCGAGUUGGGUUUUAUGGCCUUGGGCUUCCAUUGUUUGUCAGGAAUAAAGUAUUCAUCUACCGAGGCUUGGAAUAUGAACAGAUUGGGGCUUUCACACAGAGAAUUCAGACAGAGUUUCCACAGGCAAAGAUGCUGUCUCACAAUACUCCUCCAGAUGACACAAUACGCUCAUCUGAUGGUCAAUACAUUCAGAUUUGUGCUGUGAAAACUUUAUCUGAACCCAAUCCAAUGUUUGACGGUGUAGAGGUGGAUGAACGAAUCUUAAAAUACUACUCGAACAACCACGUCCGGCGCUUCGUGUAUGAUAGACCUACAUACCGAGGCCCUGCUGAUAAAGAUAAUGAAUUUAAGAACUUGUGGAUUGAAAGAAUUACAUACACAACAGAAUUUGAACUGCCUGGAAUUCUUAAGUGGUUUGAAGUAGUUGAUCAGAAACUAGAUCAACUAUGCCCUCCCCAAUAUGCCUGUGAAACAGUUGAGAGAAAUAACAAGCAAAUCCGGCAGAUUACCCUUCACUACAGAGCAAACCCUCAGGAUAAUAUCCAGCCCUUUACAAUGAGACUACAAGGUACAAUAGAUGCAGCUGUUAAUGGAGGAGUUGCAAAAUAUCAAGAUGCAUUUUUUGGUCCAGAUUAUCUUGUCGUGUAUCCUGAAAAUGCUGACCAUGUUAACCGGCUCAAGGUUCUCCUCUCAGAUCAAACAAUGAUUCUAGAGAGUGCCUUAGAUCUCCAUGGCAAAAUUGCUCCAUCUGCAAACCAGCCACUUCACAGAAGGCUUGUUGACGUGUUUGAAGGCCUUCGAAACAAGGUGCGUAAGAUGUGUUCAACUCCCCAGUCCCAAAGGUCAACUUCUUCUCUACAGUCCACACCGCCACCUCCCCCAACUCAUAGACGUGCGGAUUCUGACCCUGCCACAGAGUUCAGGAGAACAGGCUCAAUUGUUAAUUCACCUCUGCCACCACUUCCCUCAGAUAAGGGUGCAGGUAGCACAAGUUCUUCAUCCACAUCUGGUCAUUCAUCACAGCGAUCUUCACAAGCUUCUUCCCUUUAUGCCCAUUUUCAUUCUGCAUCUCAUGAUGAUGAGUUGUAUGCCAAACCUCAGGAAUGGGAUGUGGGUAUAGGAAGUCAACGAGAUUCUCGACCACGCUCAGCCUACAUAUCCGAUAGCCGAGGCUCAUCUCCGAAGUCUCUCUCAAAAUCUCUCAACAGUGACUACAUGAUUGUUCCUCCUCCAAAAGCCUGCGACGAGAGUCAACGAUGGCGGCAUUCUCGGCCACCAAGCCCUCGCACAGCAAGAAGCUCUGGGACUCAUGACUCACUAAAUACCUCUUGGAGUGAUUCUCAUGGUUCGGAAGAGUCACUACCUCCACUGCCUCCUAGAGUUGGUGAGAGACAAACUAGAUCUGUAAGUCUUGGUGGGGAGGACGAUGCUCCUCCACCUGUGCUGCCCAAAAGGAUGGGCAAGAAGUGUGCGUCGCCUGCCAUGUUUGGGUGUGAUCAGCUCGUUGGUGAUGGUGUGGAUGGAUGCAGCAGUAGCGGCGGUGGCCUCAGUAACGGCUUUCCUGCCUCCACCCCUGGCACCCCUCCGUUGCUCUCCCCACGCAACCACCGCACCCCACCACCACCACCUAUACCUCCCAAAUCAAUUUCUACCCCACUUACACCGCUAUCGCCACCCAUCAGCUUUUCACUUAAUACUUCUGCUGACGAUUUAACCCCAACUACACCAACUAGUAUGUAUAUUGGAAGUCUAGAUGAAUCACAACACAGUCUUCUUGAGAACUACUCUGUACCGCCUCGUCUUCAACCAUAUCCUCCACCUUCUCCAUAAAAUCAUCAUUAUCUUAACUAUUUUAGUACAGUAAAUCAUUACAUUUGUUUUUCUCACUUUUUAUCAGUUUGACUUAUUUUUCUAUUAUAAUUACCCAAAAUUUAUUAGUCAUAUUCCAAAGAUUCUUCUAUAACCCUAUGUUCAUGGAUAGAGAAGUUUUCAACCUUCUUAAUCUUUCUUAUAUUAAGACAUACUUUCUUGACUAACUUUAUUUUGUUAUGGCUCAUCUUCUCUCAAAUUUGACCUUGAAAAGAAAGUCAGUAUUGAUGAACUCUAUUAGCAUUUUCACAUAAUAUCAGAUACAGUAAUAUUAAUUAUAUUUUUAAUAUAUGGUUGAAUAUAUAUAUAUUUUGUUGAAUGGUAACAAGCUUGCUUCCUAUUCUGACAUUUAUUGUCUGCUUCUUGACCUUACAAAGAAUCAUCAUCAGUCAGAUGAAGUUCAAUUUUGUUUUGUAUGUUCUUAAGUUCUUGCAUAUUUGUUUUAAUUUUUUAUAUUUUAAUAGUUUCCCAGUCAUUUGAGAAUUUAGCUAUCAGUAGUUAUAUAUAUUUAUUAAACAAUAUACCUUAUUCUCUCACUCUACUGUUCAGCAUAUUUAGGAAAUUAUCAUGCCAUACAAUUGUUCUAAAUAUUGUUUAUGUUCUCCAAAUUACUUAACUUAUGAAAACUUUAUUCUUGGAGUCUUACUGUAUCUCGGCCCAUUUGCCUAUUUUCAAAAUACUGUAAUCUAAUUUUUUUUAAGUCAUGGUUUGGGCUUUACAACAUGAAAUUGUCUUCUAACUUAAUUCAUCUGUCAACUCAUGCUACACACACACACACACACACACACACACACACACACACACACACACACACACACACACACACACACACACACACACACGCACACGCACACGCACACACGCGCUCACACACUCACUCUCACUCUCUCACUCUCUCUCUCUCUCUCUCACUCUCUCUCACUCUCUUACUCUCUCUCUCUCGCUCUCUCACUCACACUCACACAUCUACUUAUUACCUACUUCAUUCUUCUACUGGGCAAAACAAAAAAUACUGUACUUUCAAAUAUCAUAUAAAGAUAUAUCAUUAUGCUUAAACUAGCUUCUAUUGUUUUCAUUUACUCUGACUCCUCCCCCUAGUUUUUAUGGCAUCCUGUUUUCAGCAGUGAGAAAAAUUAAAGUCUGUACCAUCAUUGAGAAAUUUGAUUUGAAAACAAUUUGCACAAGUAUUAUAUGAACAUUUCUUGUUUAGCAUGAUUGAAAACUUUGUACAGUAUUGCCAAAUCCACAGUUUGUUCCUUAGACAUUAUCCAUAUAAAACUCUAGGGGAUAAAAGUACCAUCUAAAUAGCUACAUGGUAUUAUAUAUUUAUUUAUUUAUUUAUUUAUUUUCAUUCAUUAAUUCAUUCAUUGUGGAAACAUUGCAGCUUAAGUAAAACAGCUUGUGGUCUGUUAAGUUGACAUUUAUUGCUCCAAUUAGAAAGCAAGGCAAAUGCCAUGGUUGCCAGUUCUCAAGUUAGUAAUUUAUUUUUAUUCACAAAAGUUGAUGUAGUGUAGGAGGAGGGGGAGCAAAUAUAGCAGCCACACAGUCCUUGCACUGACUACCGUACAUGAACAUUUGUCAAGAAAGUAUCUCCCGUACUUUGCCACUAAUGCUCUCCCUCUCUGCUCUAUCAUUCUUUCUGGUAUUUACUUACAUUUUUGUAUUAUUAUUUUUUUUAAUAUCAUUGUACACACUUGAAAUUCCAACUUCCUCCUGUAAUCUCUUGUAUUUUCUCCCAUGUUGAACACACACAUUCCCUGUCUACCUUGUCUAUUCCCUCUAAUAUCUUGUAUGUUUUGAUUAUAUCUCUUGUUCUUUUCACUUCUAGUGUUUUUAAAUAUAUUUCCCUUAACCUGUUUUAAUAGCUGGCCUUCAUUGUUUCUAGCUCCAGUCUUUAAGUAAAUUUGGGGGCCUUUAAAAGGUUCUUGUUCCACAAAGUGAGGAUUCCAUGCUGAUGCUGAACGUUCUAGGACUGGUCUAAUGCAGGCUGUGGUUAGUUUUGAAUGAUUCCCCGUUUAAGCUGUUUAUUGCCACCCAUAUAUAUAUCCCAGUUUCAUUUAAGUUGCAGAUAAUGCCGUAUAAUAUUUGUGUACCUUCGGCAUCAGGUCUGGUAUUAUGCUCACAUCCAAUUCCUUUGAUCCUGAUUUCUGUAACUGAUUCAUCCUUCUACUGUAGUGUCUUUCUGGUAAUUUUGUUCUCAUUGCCCAGUCAUCUUUCUUGUUUGCUCAUUCUCAUUAUGUAGAUUUCAAGUUAUUGAAAAUUAAAUUUAGAUUUUUCAUAUAUGGGAAAAAAGUCACCAUAGGUGUUUUGUUUUUAAGAAACUUGCAUCUGUUCCACUUCUAAAAACUACUAUAGUCUUCUUAAAAAUAUAAAAUUCUUUUGACAAACUUUUUCUCUCCUUUAUAGUAUUUAUAUAUUUUCUUUUUGUGAACAAAAUCCUCACAUAAACUACCGUACUGUGAGAUCAUUUCUCAUUUGAAAAUCUCUUCUAGUUGUCGAUCUCUUCCUCUCUCUAUCCUAUAACAAAUAGUUUAUAUUCCUAUUGACACCUUAUUUUCACUAAUUUCUUAACCUCUUGGGUGUCUCAUCUUUGCACAUUAUAUUAAAGUUAGUUGUUAUCAUUUGCCAUAUUUUUACAUAUUUUAAUUACCCCCCACCCCAGUUUUGUCAAACUUUCAUUUCAUACUAGUCACAUUUCUCCACUUGUGUUAAUACUGUAUAAUGAUCUAAAGCUUCAAUAAUUCAUUUCAUGAUAUGUAAUUUCCUCUUACUUGCUCAGUCCAUAUAUUGGCUUAAAGUUGCAGCAAAGUUUUUAAUCGAAUCUUGACUUUACAAAUAAUGAAACAAACUUUAAUUUUAUCUUCAUUAUAUAUUAAUCACUUUGAAAUAUCUUUUGUUUUAACUGUCAUUUUUAUUGUUUUAAUAAAGAUGCAGUACAGUACCAUCUAUCAGCAUCAUGCUUUUCAGUUCUAAAUUGAAUAGUUUCAAGAAUGUGGAAGAUGUUUGUAUUGUGAAGAUUCAGCAAUAUAUGCUUAGUAGACUGCUGUGUGUGAUAAUUCCUGAUUUCAUUCGGAAUAUGAACAAGAGCAUAUCAACCCUUAAUUAAGCAUUGCACGGUUAAGGAUUGUUACGGAAAUAUGUUAAAAUUCAGUACAGUAGUAUAUUAAUAUAUGAAUCUCUCAGAAGUACAAUUUAGUAUUACAACUUGUGGCUUGGAUUCAACUAUUGCUGCUGCAGUUUUUGAAGCUUAACUUGUAUACUAAUGCUUCAAGAAAAUCUGAUGUGUGAUUGAUGCUUCAAUCAGGUUAUCCCUUCCAAUUAGACAAUAAUAUCACUGAGAAUUGAAGCCAUCUUGAGCAAAAUUUACAUGAUUGGUGCAAGUCUUAAAUACAUAUCAGUAUGACAGUUAACUUAGUUUUAAUUGCUAGCUUCUUUGUAACCAGUUGAUAUUUAUCCUUAUAGCUAAAUAUAUGAAAUACCUCCACAACUUUUCAGUUGGAGAUGGAAAUUAGGGAGGCGCUACCCAAAUCUUAGUGGAAUUUAUAAAUAAAUAAAAUUUACGCACACACACACACACACACGCGCGCACACACACACACACACACACACACACACACACACACACACACACACACACACACACACACACACACACACACACACACACACAACACAAGAAUAAUCACAAAAAAAACACAUGAUUCAGUUAUGUGUAAGUAUUCACUAGGAAAAUUAAACUAAAAUUUCAAACAUUUUCUUGUUUCACACAUUAUUAAGGCAAUACAGCUGUAAUUUUCUUGAUAAUUUGGGGAAACACAAAAACAUUCUGAGUGUUUUUUUUAAUUUUUCUAGUGGAUACUACACACUUGUAUAUGUGGAUACUGGACACUACUACCCACAUAUAUAUUAUAUAUGUAGAGGGUGGAUACUACUACCCACACACACGUGUGUGUGUGUGUAUAUAUAAUAUACACAUAUUUUAUGCAGAAAUUUUACCCUAUUUACAUAAUGCAUGUACAGUAAUUAUAUAUCCAUACUAAUUCCAUUACUACAGGUAAUAUUUUAGAAAUUCAUUGUCUUGUUCAACUAAUUUGUGAGAUGAUUAUGUUAAUGCUUAGAUUUGGAAGAUGUUCACCCAGAUUACCACACCCGACUUUAAAGAUAAAUAACUGGAGUCUAGUCACUGCCGAAGACAAACUUAGGCCGAGUGUAUGACUAGUUUAGUUCUGUAUUAGACAGAAUUGCUAGUUAUGGGAAUAAUAAUAAUUUAAUUUCAAAUGCUACUAUGAUAAAUGAAAUGUGUACACAACAUUUAUGAACUGAAUGUCCAAGUAUUACUUGUGUACUUGAAAAGUUUAGGAAAGUUUUGUAUUAUGUGUACAUUUUCAGUACUGUUUUCUUUUGCUUAUGAUACAUUUUAUAUUAUAUAAAAUAAGCAGUUAGUUGUAUUGUAACCACUGUCUAUUGUUUACCAUUUACCAUAUGGGAAAAUAAUAUUUUGUUGGGUAAAUUUGUAAUCAUCUUAAGGUGAUCCCAAACAUAAGAUUUUUUGUGGUGUGUGUAGUUCAAAUGGAAGAGGAGGAGGAGGAAUUGACAUACAUUGUUAGAGUACGUACAAUGCAGACCCGAGAAAUUUUUUGUGAUUCUUUUUCCGUUUGAUGAUAACAAAGGUUGGUGCACAUAAGCAAUCAAUAUGCAAAACUGUUUGUGGAAACUUUUUGUCCACUGCACAGCUACAACCUUGAGAGUUGAUGAUCAUAUUAAAGUAUUGAUCAUUUAUUCAACUCGGUUUAUAUGUAUCACUUCACUAUAUAAUAAAAAAGGUGCUCCAUCCAACUUGCCUGCAGAGAAUGUAUAAUUGCUUUAAUUUUGCGUGAGAUCAAAAUGUAUGUUAUAUAUUAUAUUUGCAUGUAUAAAUAGAAGUAUUUGCCAACAGAUAGUACUGAUAAUGUUAUAGUUCAUUUUAUAUUUAGUUUUAUAAGUUGUAAAUUAUAAUUUUUUUUUUUUUUUUUUUUUUUGCAAAGAACUGUGUUAUUAUGCAUUUACACUGACUUGUUUUUAGCUGUGAGCAGUUAUGGUCAUCAUUAUUGACUAUACAUGUGAUGGCAUUGUAUACAGGUGAUUACAGUAUGUGUAUGUAUGUAUAUGUAUAUAUAUGUAUGACCAUUCAGGCUUGUUCGCAUAUGUAUAUGUAUAUAUA